AAGAAUGUUAAUUAAACUUGUCAUCCAACAAAAACAGCAAGUUUUUCAAUUCAUCUAAUCCUUGCUUUCAAAGUUCCCAAUUAAUCCAAAUUCCCAAAUUUGAGGAUCCAUUUUUCUCAUCUUUGAUCCGUUUUAAUUUGAGACUAUCACAGGCCAAAGCGUUAUGGGUUCUUACGCAGAUGAAGAAAAUGGAAAUGGGUUACCUAAUUCACCUCCAAACAAUUCAAUUUUCAGGUACAAUUCGCCACUGGUUCAGGUUUGUUUGAUUGGAUUAGUAUGUUUUUGUUGUCCAGGGAUGUUCAAUGCGCUCUCUGGAAUGGGUGGUGCUGGUCAAGUCGACCACACGGCGUCUAACAACGCCAACACCGCACUCUACACAGCUUUCGCUAUUUUUGGGAUAUUGGGUGGUGGAAUUUACAACAUUUUAGGUCCAAAAAAGACUCUGUUUGUUGGGUGUUCAACUUAUAUAUUGUAUGCGGGUUCUUUUCUUUACUACAAUCACCACAAGCAUCAAGCGUUUGUGGUAGUGGCCGGCGGCCUCCUUGGUGUUGGCGCCGGCCUACUCUGGGCUGCCCAGGGAGCUAUUAUGACAUCGUACCCGCCACAUGACAGGAAAGGUACUUAUAUCUCUAUGUUUUGGAGUAUUUUCAACAUGGGUGGUGUUAUUGGUGGUCUUAUACCGUUUGUGUCCAACUAUAAUAGAACUACCGCGGCCUCUGUUAAUGAUGGUACAUAUAUUGGAUUUAUGGUCUUCAUGGUCAUCGGAACGUUUCUUUCUUUAGCGAUUUUGCAUCCUAGUAAGGUCAUUAGAAACGAUGGUUCUUCGUGUACUAAUAUUAAGUACUCGAGUGUGUCUGUGGAAUUAAUUCAAAUUCUCAAACUGUUCGGCAACUGGAAGAUGCUGUUGAUGGUUCCAGCCUCGUGGGCUAGUAACUUCUUUUAUACCUAUCAGUUCAAUAAUGUAAAUGGGGUGUUGUUCAAUUUGAGGACAAGGGGUUUGAACAAUGUGUUCUAUUGGGGUGCACAGAUGAUCGGUUCGGUGUUAAUCGGGUCCAUAAUGGACUACAGUUUUAAGAGCAGAAAGGCUAGGGGAUUGGUUGGUAUUAUUGUUGUUGGUCUGCUUUCAACAGCAAUUUGGGGCGGAGGAUUCGCGAAACAGCUUACAUAUUCCCAUGAUGAUGUACCUAAUCACAUAGUGUUACUGGAUUUCAAGGAUGGUUCUAAAUUUGCAGGUCCAUUCGUGUUGUAUUUUAGUUAUGGAUUACUCGAUGCCAUGUUUCAGAGCAUGGUCUAUUGGGUUAUAGGAGCCUUGGCAGAUGAUUCUGAGGUUCUCAGCAGGUAUAGUGGCUUCUAUAAAGGAGUACAAAGUGCAGGUGGAGCCGUUGCUUGGCAAGUCGAUUCACAUAAUGUCCCAUUCAUAAACCAGCUUAUCGCGAAUUGGGCGUUAACCUCCAUUAGUUUCCCAUUACUGGUAGCUCUUGUAGUAUUAGCUGUGAAGGAUGACAACAAAGAUGAAGAGGGAGCAACUAAGGAAGUCGCCAUUACUUCAAACCGCGACAUUAGUACUACAGUGGACUACCCCAAUAAGGAAUAGUUUACAGAAUUUAUAAUUUACCAUAGUAGAGUUUAAAGAACUGUUCUGUAAAUUGUGGACUAUCAACCACAGUGAAAUUUCUUUGCUAAUGUUUGUCUAAUCGCCUUCGUUCUCCAGUAA